UCGGACUGUGAAAACGUUCUGAAUGGAUUGGAUGAUGCUAGAAAGAGCUGAUCAGAGUUCGAAGGACUUUCCGUGGGUGGAUGGGAGAACUUGGAUUGGCGCCUGAUUAGUAGCGACUAGAGCGGAACCCUGAACCCGAUUAAAGCUAGGAACGGAUCUGUUUUUGAGCCAGACAAAGCUCCAUCAGUCGGUCUUACGCUCGGGUUAUUGGACCAGCCGUUCGGUUUGUUGAAACUCAGGAUGUUCAGACAACUCGAUGAAAAUCCAGGCAAAGCGGAAUUUUCGGGCAGCGAUGGUCGGAUCCGGACAAGUGUUGUUGGAUUCGGACAAGACGGUUGAACUGGUCGGCUAGACAGCGGUUGUCUGAAAUCAGGCAAGGUGGUUAAGACUGUCGGCUAAACUGAGAUGAGCUGAUUCAGUAGAAUCAGUCUGAUUCGGACAAGCCGGUUAGAGUUGAUGACUGGAUCAGUCGGCUCUAGCUCGAUUUCUGCCUAAGUUAAACUGGCGGGAACAGUUAAAGUCCGAAUAGUGGAAAAACUCGCGCUGGAACGGCUUAGAGCGCGGGGUGUCGGUAACGGUUUAAGAGCCACGCGUGGAAUACACGGACUGUCGGUCACGGUUUAAGAGCCGCGCGUGGAAUCUGCGCGUGAAAUACACAGAGUGUCGGUGACGGUUUAAGAGCCGCAGUUUCUCGGGCCUAAACCGCCCAACUGCCUUUUUAAUCGUCUCCUUCGUCUUAUUUCGACAUUCUGUACGAAAACUGGAAGAGAGAACCAGAGAGAAAACACACAGAGAGAAAGGUCCGAUUAAGAGAGAACUUUCGAUAUUUGGCUGGAUCGAACAGAUCCGAGUCAAGAACGAUCGUCUGUGGAGUAAAUCCGACUGUCUGGAAGUUUGAAGAUCCGACGGAAACCGCUCAAGAGGUGUCAGAAGAGACCGAAUCAAACAGAAUAUACCGACUCUAAGACAAAGGUGAGUGCGUGACCGUAGCCUAUCGUACUGAAUCGUAGUCUGACUGAUCGGAAUGUUCUAUGUACUGAUUGCUUGUCUAAUUCGAAUUAUCUGCUAAGAUCUGGCUUAGUCCGAACAGUCGAUUCCUUCCAUCGACGCAUCUGGACCUGAUCAUGCGCCUAGAGCCGUAUUGGCCUGCUAGGGCUUGACUGGAUCAGAUGGCGCUUUGGCUUGGAAUGAUUGGGUCGGCUAAGUAACUGACUGACGAUAAGCAUGUCCGUUUAUUGACUGAUUGACUCGAUUGCUUUACUUGGCUGAGUGAGACGGAAUGACCGCUCUCACUAAGCAUAAUGUUGCUUAUGCCUCCUUAUUUGGAUGCAGAUCAGGACCAGACCCGAAAGGGUAAAGACACAGCCUGAACGCGAGACGAAGGCAGGAAGGAAGGAUGGUGGGUUUGGGUAGAUAUAGGACGAGUUUAACAUGUAAUAGCUUAUAGCGAACUGACUUGUUAACUCGAACCUCAGACUAUCUAUUCAAAUCGUAUUAUGCUUUACUUGACUGUCUGAAAAAGAACUAACACUCUGAAAUAAUACUAAGUAAGAAAAAAUGAAAACGGCCCAAGUCUGAUCGAGGAAGUCGAGCCAGACUCGUACUGAUGUUACGAAAAAAUGGGUCGGGGCGUUUCAAGUGGUAUCAGAGCGGAGUCGAGUUCUAGGACAAUCUAAGUAUAGUGGGUUUUUGGGGCAAACCAUCCUUCCAAGCCUGACGUCUCGCGGUAAAUUAUGUGUUCCGAGUCCUGAUCCCAAGUUAGUUUUGACUAACUUGCCUGUGACCUCGUUACAGAUGGCAAAAAGUAACCGUAACACAAGAAGGACUGUGAAUGAGACCCCUGAGGGGUCUGCGAGCAACGUGGCCAGGAAUGAAGCUGGUACGGAAGAGGCUCGGAAUGCUGCCCAGAAUGCAGCGAACUUGAACAAUGCUGCAGCGGCUGGUGCUGCUGCUGGAGCUGCUGCUGCUCCGGUUGGAUUGGAGGCCGUUUUGGCUAUGUUGGCGCAAGUCUUGGCAAGACUGCCUGCAGCGGUGGCACCUCCAGUGGCUGCACCUGUUGCGGAGGAAGCGGAGAACGUGGUGCCUGAUGGAGAAGAGGUGCACGUUGUUAGGAAUCCGUCUUACCUCAAGGUUAUGGACCACAUGCAGAAACUGGGAACAAAGUUCUUUUUGGGUGGUUCCAAACCGAAGGAAGCAGAUCAAUGGAUCGACAGGAUAGGGCGGAACUUUAAGUCGAUCCGUUGUCCUCUUGCUUACAAGAAGGACAUUGCGGUCCACUACUUGGACGGUGAUGCGCACACCUGGUGGCGAGGUGUAGCGGCUCGGAUUGGUGCUGAGCAUUGCACCUGGGCGAACUUUAAGACCGAAUUCCGUGGGAAGUAUUUUCCGCCGGAAGCAUUUGACCAGCUCGAGGGAGCUUUUCUCAGACUGGAACAGGGAUCCAUGACUGUAAGAGAGUAUGAAGCGGAAUUCAACAGCCUCAAGAAGUAUGCUGGGCGUGAGGCUGAGUCGGAAAUCUCCUUGGUCCGCAAAUUCAUGCGCGGACUCAGGGUUGAUCUCCGAACUCGUUGUAAGAUCCGCAACUAUGAUACUGUGGCCGAAUUGGUGGAAAAGGCCGCAGAACAGGAAGCUGGAAUCAGUGAGGAAGCCAAGGUGUUUGGCACUGUGGCGCAUGUCCAUCCUGGUAAGCAUGCGGGGAAGAAUCAAAAGCCGGUGAAGGCUGGCUCUUCCAGCAAGCCGAAUGCAACGGGUCGCAGUGCAUGUUCGACUUGCGGGAAGAUGCACUCUGGUGUCUGCCGUGCUGCUUCGGGAGCUUGUCACCGUUGUGGAAGUAUGGAUCACAAGGUGCGUGACUGUCCUGAGGAAGACCUAAGGCCGAAGAGCCAGAACAAGGGUGCUGGGGAACGUGUGUGUUACAACUGCGGUGAAGCGGGGCACUACAAGAAUCAGUGUCCGAAGGACGCACAAUUUGCUGGGAAGCGUCCGAGCGAUGGACCUUUGCCUGCUGCAAAGAGGCAGGCCAUCAUGCCGCGGGUGUACACAAUCAGUGAUGAGUCAAUGAACCCAAGCACGUCUCAUCCGAUCACUGGUGAGUCAUCCUAUCUCUCACCUUUUGUUCAGGGUGAAUAUGUAGGGACCUUAGUCAUGGGUAGAGUGGCAACCCAUGUUCUGUUUGAUUCUGGUGCAUCUCACUGCUUUGUGCAACCCGAGAUGAUUGGAAUUGGGGAAUUCCUGAAAGAACCAGAAGAAGAAGUAAGAGUGGUUCGGGCAGCUGGUGGGCAGAUCAUGUACACUUCAGGGAAAAUCCGAAACGUCUCUGUGAUGAUCGGAGGAGUGAACAUGCCAGCCGACUUGGUCGUUUGCCCAGUGAAAUCAUACGAUGUGAUCCUUGGAAUGGAUUGGCUGAGUAAAUACAAGGCACAUCUUGAUUGUCAUCGAGGCCGAGUUCAGUUUGAGAUAGGCAAUGGAAAGCUUGUCUAUCAAGGGGUCAGACCGACCAACGGGAGUCUGAUCAUUUCAGCACUUCAAGCAGAAAGAAUGCUGAAAAAAGGAUGUGAGGCCUAUCUGGCUUCAAUCACAACUGUGGAAGUCGGACCUGAUCCUGAGUUGGAAGGGAUUCCGAUUGUAAAGGAGUAUGAUGACGUGUUCGAAUCCUUGAUAGGAUUACCACCGGACCGUGCUGAUCCUUUCACGAUUGAGCUUGAGCCGGGCACAAAGCCAAUCACGAAAGCUCCGUACCGGAUGGCUCCGGCUGAAAUGGCAGAACUUAAGAAACAGUUAGAUGAACUGAUGGAAAAAGGGUUUGUGCGCCCAAGCAGUUCACCUUGGGGCGCACCGGUUCUGUUCGUGAAGAAGAAAGAUGGUAGCUUCAGGCUAUGCAUCGACUACAGGGGGAUUAACAGAGUUACAGUGAAGAACAAGUACCCUCUUCCAAGGAUAGACGAGUUAUUGGACCAACUCCGAGGUGCUUCUUGUUUCUCCAAGAUUGAUUUAGCUUCGGGAUACCAUCAGAUUCCGAUUGCUGAAGAGGAUGUCCGUAAGACAGCCUUCAGAUCGAGAUAUGGCCACUACGAGUUUGUGGUCAUGCCCUUCGGAUUAACCAACGCCCCUGCGGCCUUUAUGAAGAUGAUGAAUAACGUUUUCAGAGAUUACCUGGAUGAAUUCGUUAUAGUCUUCAUAGACGACAUCCUGAUUUACUCAAAGAAUCAGGAAGAGCACAAAGACCAUCUGAGAAAAGUUUUAGAUAGGCUGCGGGAACAUAAGUUGUUCGCCAAGCUCAGCAAAUGCAGCUUUUGGCAAAGAGAAAUUGGUUUCUUGGGUCAUGUAGUCUCGGACAAGGGAGUGUCUGUGGACCAAGGGAAGAUCAAGGCCAUUGCGGACUGGCCCAGACCAAGGAACGCAACAGAGAUCAGGAGCUUUCUCGGACUGGCUGGAUACUACCGACGGUUUGUUAAGGGAUUUGCCAGCAUGGCUCAACCGUUGACAAAGUUGACCGGGAAAGAUGUUCAGUUUGUGUGGACAGAAGGCUGUGAUGCGAGUUUCAGCAAACUCAAGGAGAUGUUGACGACUACUCCAGUAUUGGCUCUUCCUAUGGACAAUGAGCCAUACGUAGUGUACACAGAUGCAUCCAAAGUUGGACUUGGGUGCGUACUGAUGCAGCAAGGCAAAGUGAUUGCGUAUGCGUCUAGACAGCUAAGGAAACACGAAGGGAAUUAUCCAACACACGACUUAGAAAUGGCUGCUGUCGUGUUCGCGCUGAAGAUAUGGCGGUCAUAUCUCUAUGGUGCUAAGGUCCAAGUCUUCACGGACCAUAAGAGUUUGAAGUAUAUCUUUACUCAACCAGAGCUGAACCUUAGACAGAGGCGUUGGAUGGAACUGGUUGCGGAUUACGACUUGGAUAUUGCCUACCAUCCGGGAAAGGCGAAUCUGGUCGCAGAUGCCUUGAGCCGGAAGAGAGUAGCUUCGGCUUCAGAGAAAGACAUGGAGGAACUGGUUCACAUGGUUGGAACCUUACGAUUAGCUGCCUUGACUGACGAAUUGGAACCGUUGGGUCUUGGUGCAGCGGAUCAGGCAGACUUGUUGUCCCGAGUUCGCCUUGCACAGGAAAAGGAUGAAGAUCUGAUGAAAGCUUCCAAGAACGAGAAGACAGAGUAUCAGACUUCAAACAAUGGGACGAUUCUGGUUAAUGGCCGAGUGUGUGUUCCUAACGACAUAGGAUUGCGGGAUGAGAUCCUAAAGGAGGCACAUCAGUCAAAGUUUUCGAUACAUCCAGGAGCCAAUAAGAUGUAUCGAGACUUGAAGAGGUACUAUCAUUGGGUUGGAAUGAAGCGUGAUGUUGCAAAAUGGGUAGCUGGGUGCCCAAUCUGCCAAAUGGUUAAGGCAGAAAAUCAAGUUCCGAGUGGACUACUUCAGAGUUUACCCAUCCCAGAAUGGCCUUGGGAUAAGAUCACGAUGGACUUCGUGACUGGCUUGCCAAUGAGGAACGGCAAGGACUCUAUCUGGGUGAUAGUGGACAGAUUGACCAAGUCCGCACACUUCUUGGCUAUCAACAAAACAGACAAUGCAGCGGUGCUAGCUAAGUUAUACGUGGAACAGAUCGUCAGACUUCAUGGAGUUCCGGUAAGCAUAGUGUCAGAUCGAGACUCCAAAUUUUAUUCGGCUUUCUGGAGAGCUAUGCAGAAGUCGAUGGGGACCAAGGUCCAUAUGAGUACAGCGUAUCAUCCACAAACGGAUGGACAAUCAGAGAGAACAAUCCGAACACUUGAAGACUUACUGCGAUCUUGUGUUUUGGAUUGGGGAGACAAAUGGGAUCAGUACUUGCAUCUGGCAGAGUUUUCAUACAACAACAGCUAUCAUGCAAGCAUUGGAAUGUCACCUUACGAGGCAUUGUACGGACGUCCGUGUAGGACACCACUAUGCUGGACCCAAGUGGGGGAGCGCAGCAUAUUUGGCCGAGAUUUUGUAGAAGAGACAACUGAAAGAAUCCGAGUCUUGAAACUGAAGAUGAAAGAGUCUCAGGACAGACAGAAGAGUUAUGCAGACAGACGCAGAAAAGACCUUGAGUUCGAAGUAGGGGACAUGGUAUAUCUCAAAACCGUCACCUACAAAGGCAAGGAUCGAUCCUCAAAGAAUGCCAAGCUGAGUCCAAGAUACAUGGGGCCGUACAAAAUCCUGGAAAGGAUAGGAAAGGUCGCCUACAAAUUGGAACUGCCCUCAUCGAUGGCGCAGUUCCAUAACGUGUUCCAUGUAUCCUUGCUGCGAAAAUGCAUAAGGAAUCAAGACAAUGUGGUUCCUGAACCACCAUCUGACUUGAGAGAGAACCUUACUGUGGAGGGACGACCAGUCCGGAUCAUUGGUAGAAAAACAAAACUUGAAGGGAGAAAGAAUAUCAGAAUGAUCCAAGUCGUUUGGGACUGCGAUGGAGAGGAAGAAACGACUUGGGAGCCAGAGGCGAGAAUGAAAGCUGAAUUUCCAAAGUGGUUUGACAAACUCACGGAAGAUUCAGGAAGAAAGACUCGAGGACGAGUCUGAGCCAAGUGGGGGAGAACUUGUAGCGACCGUGUUCCAAAGAUCGAUGUUAGGAUGAUCUGAGGAUUGACUGGUCGGACUGUGAAAACGUUCUGAAUGGAUUGGAUGAUGCUAGAAAGAGCUGAUCAGAGUUCGAAGGACUUUCCGUGGGUGGAUGGGAGAACUUGGAUUGGCGCCUGAUUAGUAGCGACUAGAGCGGAACCCUGAACCCGAUUAAAGCUAGGAACGGAUCUGUUUUUGAGCCAGACAAAGCUCCAUCAGUCGGUCUUACGCUCGGGUUAUUGGACCAGCCGUUCGGUUUGUUGAAACUCAGGAUGUUCAGACAACUCGAUGAAAAUCCAGGCAAAGCGGAAUUUUCGGGCAGCGAUGGUCGGAUCCGGACAAGUGUUGUUGGAUUCGGACAAGACGGUUGAACUGGUCGGCUAGACAGCGGUUGUCUGAAAUCAGGCAAGGUGGUUAAGACUGUCGGCUAAACUGAGAUGAGCUGAUUCAGUAGAAUCAGUCUGAUUCGGACAAGCCGGUUAGAGUUGAUGACUGGAUCAGUCGGCUCUAGCUCGAUUUCUGCCUAAGUUAAACUGGCGGGAACAGUUAAAGUCCGAAUAGUGGAAAAACUCGCGCUGGAACGGCUUAGAGCGCGGGGUGUCGGUAACGGUUUAAGAGCCACGCGUGGAAUACACGGACUGUCGGUCACGGUUUAAGAGCCGCGCGUGGAAUCUGCGCGUGAAAUACACAGAGUGUCGGUGACGGUUUAAGAGCCGCAGUUUCUCGGGCCUAAACCGCCCAACUGCCUUUUUAAUCGUCUCCUUCGUCUUAUUUCGACAUUCUGUACGAAAACUGGAAGAGAGAACCAGAGAGAAAACACACAGAGAGAAAGGUCCGAUUAAGAGAGAACUUUCGAUAUUUGGCUGGAUCGAACAGAUCCGAGUCAAGAACGAUCGUCUGUGGAGUAAAUCCGACUGUCUGGAAGUUUGAAGAUCCGACGGAAACCGCUCAAGAGGUGUCAGAAGAGACCGAAUCAAACAGAAUAUACCGACUCUAAGACAAAGGUGAGUGCGUGACCGUAGCCUAUCGUACUGAAUCGUAGUCUGACUGAUCGGAAUGUUCUAUGUACUGAUUGCUUGUCUAAUUCGAAUUAUCUGCUAAGAUCUGGCUUAGUCCGAACAGUCGAUUCCUUCCAUCGACGCAUCUGGACCUGAUCAUGCGCCUAGAGCCGUAUUGGCCUGCUAGGGCUUGACUGGAUCAGAUGGCGCUUUGGCUUGGAAUGAUUGGGUCGGCUAAGUAACUGACUGACGAUAAGCAUGUCCGUUUAUUGACUGAUUGACUCGAUUGCUUUACUUGGCUGAGUGAGACGGAAUGACCGCUCUCACUAAGCAUAAUGUUGCUUAUGCCUCCUUAUUUGGAUGCAGAUCAGGACCAGACCCGAAAGGGUAAAGACACAGCCUGAACGCGAGACGAAGGCAGGAAGGAAGGAUGGUGGGUUUGGGUAGAUAUAGGACGAGUUUAACAUGUAAUAGCUUAUAGCGAACUGACUUGUUAACUCGAACCUCAGACUAUCUAUUCAAAUCGUAUUAUGCUUUA